AAUUAAUAAGAAAAAUUUUUCAAUGGCUUUUUGCGUCCUAACAAUUAUUAUAGUCACUUUUGGUCUUCUUUUUUCCUUUGGUUCUUCAUUUGAUCCAAACCCUCUUCAAGAUUUUUGUGUUGCAGCUACUGAUUCCAAUGAUGCAGUGUUCGUGAAUGGAAAAUUUUGCAAAGAUCCAAAAUUGGCCACAGCAGAUGAUUUCUUUCUAACAGGACUUAACGUUAGUGGAAAUCCUUUACCAGGACUUGGAUCGUUUGUAAAUUUAGUCGAUAUAAAUCGUCUUGCUGGACUCAACACUCUUGGAAUUUCACUAAUUCGUAUCGAUUUUGCACCAUAUGGUUUAAUUCCACCUCACACGCACCCUCGUGGCACGGAAAUUAUUGUUGUCUUAGAGGGUACGUUGUACGUUGGAUUUUUGGCUCCGGACUCUUCAAAUCCAUUAAAAACUAAAUCUUUUACAAAAAUAAUGAAUAAAGGGGAUGUAUUUGUGUUUCCACAAGGAUUAAUUCAUUUUCAAUAUAAUAUUGGAGAUACAAAUGCAAUUGUUUUUGGUGCUUUGAAUAGCCAAAAUGCUGGGCUAAUUGUGGUUGGAAGUGAAUUAUUUGGAACAAAUCCACCACUUGUAGAUGAUGUUCUUUCAAAAGCAUUCCAAUUGGAUAAGAAAAUGGUGAUAAAACUUCAAGGAUUGUUCUCUUAAUACGUAGCUUGAUUUGUUGGCUAUCUGAACUUUUAUCUUAUUUCUGAAGGUUCGAUUCCACUUCUUGUAAUCUCCCUGGACCCCGUUUCUC